UCAUGACGAUUAGUGUCGCGUCGUACGUAGAUGGCGACGGUUCGUUGGAAGUGGUUUAAGAGAUCGUGGAAAGUUCAUAGGGAGUGUGGAAGUAGAUUUGCAAGUAAAUCUCUUCCUCGUACCCUAAGGGGUGUUGGUGCAUCGAAAAAAGAGGACGACCCAUCGUUUGCGAUUGUAAUUACACACUAUGGCGAAUUUGAGACAGACUCCGCUGACAUGUAGUGGACAUACUAGACCUGUGGUGCAUCUUGCAUUCUCCGACAUCACUGAAUCUGGAUAUUAUCUGAUUUCGGCGUGUAAAGAUGGCAAACCUAUGUUACGACAAGGAGAUACUGGAGAUUGGAUUGGAACGUUUGAAGGACAUAAAGGAGCGGUAUGGGGUGUUGCAUUAAACCCUCGGGCUACAAGAGCUGCUUCAGGAGCUGCGGAUUUUAAUGCUAAAGUCUGGGAUGCAAUUAAAGGAGAAGAAAUUCAUUCGUUUCAACACAAACAUAUUGUAAAGUCUGUCAACUUCAGCAUUGAUUCUAAUUAUUUGUGCACAGGUUCUAAUGAGAAACUUGUGCGAAUUUAUGAUCUUAACAAACCAGAUGCAGCACCACAGGUAUUCUCGGGUCAUAAAAAUGGCAUCAGGCAUGUUACGUUUUUCAAUAAUGAUACUGCAUUAAUUACCUGUGGCGAUGACAAAACAUUGAGAGUUUGGGACAGAAAGAGUGGUCAAGAAGUAAGAAGGUUAGAUUUUCCAGCAAUUCCAAAUUCUAUGGAAGUGUCAAGAGAUGGGAACAUUAUUACCACAACUCACUCCAACAUAGUCACUUUUUGGAAUAGCAGAGAAUUAACCAAAUUACGUGAGUACACUGCGCCGACGCAAAUGAAUAGUGCUAGUUUGCAUCCAGAUUGUAGCAUUUUUGUAUGUGGAGGAGAAGACUUAAAAAUGUACAAGUUUGAUUAUGCUACAGGUACAGAAAUUGAAUCAUUCAAAGGCCACUUUGGUCCUGUACAUUGUGUACGUUUCUCGCCAGAUGGUGAAUUAUACGCUAGCGGUUCAGAAGACGGUACCUUGAGAUUAUGGCAAACAACUGUUGGCAAAACAUAUGGUCUUUGGCGAUGUAUAGAACAAACGCCUGCAAUACAAGAGAAUACUGCUGUGCUGAAUAAUAAACAAGAAGUUCCUGCCAGUUAAAAAUCUAACGAUUCACAAAUAGUAUAAAGUACUUUAAAUGAAGAAAAAGAAAAAAACGGAACAAAUACUUCAUUUAUAGAAGUGUAUAAAUGAAACGACACGGAACGAAUUUUCAUAAUGUAUGAAAUUGUAUUUAAUUGGCUGAUAUCUACCAUAUGUUUUGUAAAUAUCAGAUCUGUAUAAUCAACGUCUCAAAUCAGCCUAUUAAUUGUGGUAUUCUCGAGAGGACUAAAAAGCGGACCAACCUUCAUUGUAGUCUAAUAAGUCAUGGGAGUGUGGGACGCCGUUCACUAUUUAUUAUAAAGAAGAAAAGGAAAAAGAAACAUUAACAUUUAUUAACGUUAUACAUGUCACUAUUAUACUACAAAAUUAGAUAGAGGUGUAAUGACAAGAAGAAAGACAUUCAGAAUUAAAUUUUGUGUUCGCAUUUGUUA